AUGUCGGAUGGAAUGGCUUUCGCAGGUGUGCCAGCCCGUGAGGAUUGUUCAAGCUGUCCAGAGAUUGGAGAACGCUGCGCCUUGCAUCAGAGCAUGUAUCUUCGUGCCCUGGAGAGACAACAGAAACCAGGUGCCAUGACUCAGACUCAACAAGCACUCGACCAAGAGCGUGGUGGACAUUUCAAUCAGCGGGCCAGUGAGCAGUCUAGACUGUCAAAGGAUGCAGCCAGGGAGAUUAAUCGCAUAAAGACCCAGGAAGGCCAGAUGAUCAGUGUAAGUUCCUACCCUUCACCUCUUGCCUUCUUUGCAGUCGUCCCUUUCACGAUUGAACCUUUUCCUGCAGUCGAUGCUCACCGUUUACAGGCUCUGAAGAGAAUGAACUUCAACGAAAGCAGAAGGCAACAAGAACUUACUCAGAAGCAGAAGAAGCGUAACAAAAGACGCGAAAACGCCGCUCUGAAUGUUUCUGACCCUAUCAAGAUUGCCGCAAAACAGGAAAAGGCUGCCCAGCGUGCCGCUGAUCCAAAGAGACUCGCCAAACUGGAAGCCCACAAACAGAAAGUGGCCGAGAACAGAGCCAGGGCGCUAGCUAGACGCAGCCGUCUCGUCGAACAGCACAGACAGCAAAACAAAAGCAGCAUUCUCAUGGACGACAUUGUCACAUCGAACGAGAUAGUGGAGUAUGCACCUACCCUGCAAGCCUCUGUUACAGACAACGANCUGUCCCCCAGCGGUCCAGCUAGGAGGACUAGAGGUCAAAACGCCGCUCGCGAAGUGCAAAGAAAGCUCCAGGACCUCGCCACUGUGCAUAGCAUGCCUGAGGAGACGGGUUCGGAUGCCUUCUUGGUCCGCGCAGACUCCUUGAUUGACCAGACGCUUGCGUCAUCCAUCUCUACCCUGUCGCCUAUCGAUCGCAAGAACCUCGAAGAAGCCCUCAGCCUCGUCCGCACUGUCCAAUUGCUGUCAACCAAAGACUACCGUCCCUGGCAAAACACUAGCAAUGAAUCACUGGACCGUGUCAUCCGUGGACCCGAGCCAAGGGAUCAACUUGUCUACAAGCGUGAGCUCGCCAUCGAAGAUGUGCCUAUCAAGCAGGAACAUGCAUCCGAAAACAGCAUCAUUGCACAAGAGAAUAGUCAGGAAUACUAUGGUCAUCUCAGAGGUGGAGCUAGCGGUGGCUUUGGUGUCUUUUCGCGAGAUGCUAUGGAGAGUUAG